GAAACAUAGGUAACUUGUAUAUGGUGUUCACUCAGUAAGUAUGAAGCUACUAUUUAAUUCCAUCUGAAACUACCUAGGUAGGUAGGUAGUAUGUGUACAUAUAUGCACAGACAGCGACCACCCAUCACAUGAUAACUUGGGUAUUCUCCCGCCAGCCUAACACAGUCAAGCUAACCUCGACCCUCCUGUCUCUGUCCUCGCCAACGCUAGCAAUUAGGUAUCCUUCCGGCAUCAAUCAGGCUGUUCCGAUAUUUUGUUUUUGGAUAAACAGAGAAAAAGAGAGCUUGAUCCGCGGACAUCCAGGGCUUGGGAGCUGGGCAACAGCUUGGUAUAUUGAAUUGGCCGACUUGGCUUGACUUGGCUGACUUGGCUGACUUGGCAAAGUCGGUUUGAUUCGGCGUUAUCCUUAUACUAUGUAUGUAGAUUGUCGUGUAGAGACAGCAAUGGUGAAUGCUAGAGGAGGCGAUGAAUACGUGUUCAAUCCUUUGCACAUCACUGGGGACGAACGAAGUGCUGAAACCAGUUGUCCAUGAAUUCAACGGAUUCACCCAUGAACUGCGGCAUACCGUGAUAACAGAGGAUCGAAAAACUUGAAGACAUUCGAUAUUUCAAGACAAGAUGCGCAUCUCAUUCUCUCUCUCUCUCUCUCUCCCCUGACGCGUGGGAGCGUACCGACUAUGUACAUAUAGGAAUAGUGAAUAGGUACCGGUAGUAGAAGCCAAGGCGUAUG